AUGCCUUACGAAGCAAACCUGUCCCAUGAUGGUUACAUGUACACCAAGAGUGAAGGUCUAGUAAAAGGACUCUUUUCCUAUGGUGUUAUAAAGCCAGAGCGCAAGAUCCGCCAGGCCGAUGAUGGAAAUGUCUGGGAGGCUGUCGUGAUUGGUUCUGGAUACACUGGUCUUAUCGCUGCCCGUGAUCUUGUCAAGGCUGGCAAGAAGACUCUUCUUAUCGAGGCCCGUGAUCGUAUUGGAGGGCGAACAUGGAGUGCUGAAGUGGAUGGAACCACCUAUGAGAUGGGUGGUACAUGGAUUUCCCACGUGCACAACCGUUUGUUCGUGGAGAUGCAGCGUUACGGACUCAAAGACGAAGUCCAGUUGACACGUACAGAGGAUGGGGGCUGUGCCUAUUUCACCAUCGACACCGGUUCUGGCUCCCGAAAGCUCACUCUCGAUCAGGCCGGUCAGAUGACCUUCAAAGCAUGGAGGGCUUUCAUCAAUAUCGAUGGCCAGGAGGGUCGGGGUAUCUGCCCCCUUCCCCACUCCUCUCUCGGCAACUCUCGUGUUUCUUUCAACGAGAUUCAGGCUGUUGACCAACUUUCUUGCCGCGACCGUAUCGAACAGAUCCGGGACCAGCUGACUGCCGACGAGAUCGCACUCAUGGAGUCCCUUGUUCCCCACAUUGCUGGAGGCCUCCCCGAGGAUGUUGGAUUCUUCGAGCUCGUGCGCUCCCAUGCUCUGCAGGGCUUCAGCCCGGAGACCUUCGAAGAAGUAUGGACAUUGUACAAGAUCCGGGAAGGCCAGUCUACCCUUGCUCGCCGCAUCUUCGACGACGCCGUGCGAUUGGGUCUCCAGUACUCUUUCAAGACCCCCGUCAAGUCUAUUGUGGAGAACGGCGGCCCAGUUGCUCUAACAACUACUGAUGGAAAGAUUCACCGUGCCAAGCGUGUCAUCAACACUGUGCCCAUCUCAGUCCUAGGUAAAAUCCACUUCGAUCCCCCUCUUUCGCCCCUUCGCAUGGAGGCUAUUAACAUUGGUCACCAAAACCACUUGACAAAGGUUCACGCUGAAGUCGAGGGCGACCUUCGUGGGCUUCGUGGUUGCACUUGGCCCGGUGAUCUCCUCUACGUUUAUGGUGAUGGCUUCUGUAACGGCGGAAAGUCAACUCGCAUCACUUCAUUUGCCGGUGACAACCGAGGCAAGCUGGACCCAACCAAGCAGCCUGAGCGAUUGGAAACUGCCCUGCAGCGCUUCCACCCCAUGAAGAUCAAGAAGAUCCUUUUCCACGACUGGCUCUCCGAUCCUUACUCGAUGGCUGGACCUGCUUGGUACCGAGCUGGUUACUUGACCAAGUACCUCGAGGAGCUUCAGAAGCGUCAUGGUAACGUUCUGAUGGCAAAUUCCGACUGGGCCCACGGCUGGCGCGCCUUCAUCGAGGGAGCUAUGGAACAAGGUUCCCUUGCUGCUGAUACCGUUAUGAAUGAGAUUGGCAUUCUUGGUGCCAACCCAGUCCACGGCUCCUACCAGCGUGACUCCAGACUUUGA